AUGACUAACAUAGGCGAACCGAAACAUUAUUUAGGUAUGAACAUUCGAAGACAAAGAGAUAUGAAAAUAAUGACUGUUACUCAAGAAAAUUACAUUGAGAAAAUUCUAACGAAAUUUGGUUUUGACAAUGAAUUCCCGAAAAAUACACCGAUGAUAACUCGACAGGUAAUGAAUCGCGAACGUAGACAACGAGAAGAAGACAACUGUAAUGAAAGCAAAGAAACGUCCCUUGAUUUUCCUUACAGAGAAACGAUAGGUAGUCUUUUGUACUUAUCUGCGGCCACACGUCCAAAUAUUGCUUACGCGGUAAAUGUCCUGAGUAGACAUCAAAUCAACCCAACUGAAAACGAAUGGAAAAUGGUCAAAAGAGUUUUUCAAUAUCUCAAAGGAACAAAAGAUUUAGGUCUAAGAUUUAUAGGCAGACAAAACGAUUUGUUAGCUUAUUCCGACACAAGUUUCGCAGACUGCAAAAAUUCCAUUUCAACUUGCGGUUUUCUAAUACGACUGUUCAGUGAUACGAUUGCUUGGCGAGCAAACAAACAAACGUAUGUUGCUCUUUCGACUUGUGAAGCAGAAUUUGUUGCAAUGAGUUAG